AUGUUCUGCCGUAACCAGCAGAGCCGGCUGACCGUGGCCCGCGGCUCGGCGCUGGAGAUGGAGAUCCGCCGUGGGCGCUGCCGGCUGAGCGUCCUGGCUGACUGCCCGCAGGAGCCGGAGAUGCAGCGGAAGCUGGAGCGGGAGCUGCGGCUGCGGGAGGGGGCCCUGAAGCUGCUGGGGGCCUGCAGCCGGCCCGAGCAGGCGCUGGAGGCUGCCAAGGGGCUGCUGCUGUGCAACGCCCGAGUGCUGGCAUACAUGGCUGAGCUGCAGCGCAGGAAGGAGGCCCAGGUGCUGCGGCGGACGGCCCGGCGCCCCUCGGAUGCUGGACCCAUGGACGAGCGCCUGCCCUGCCGGGGCACUGUCUGCAUCUCAGACCUGCGCAUCCCACUGAUGUGGAAGGACACGGAGUACUUCAGGAACAAGGGAGAGCUGCACCGCUGUGCUGUGUUCUGCCUGCUGCAGCUGGGGGCCGAGAUCCACGACACCCCCAUGGUGCUGGUGGACCGGACCCUCACCGACAUCUGCUUUGAGAGCCCUGUGCUCUUCUCAGAGGCCGGCCCCGACUUUGAGCUGAAGGUUGAGCUGUACAGUGCAGGGCUGGCAGGGGGGGGCACACAGGGCAGCACCCCCCGGAAGCUGGCCACCCGCCUCAGCACCUCCCUGGGCCGCUCCUCCGGGAAGCGAGUGAGGGCUGCCAUGGACGGGGGUCCCGGCAGCCCCCCCGGCAACGGGGGCACCGGGCCCCUUCUGCUGCCAGCCCCCAACGUGCCGGGCCCCAAGUUCCACCUCCUGGCCCAUGCUGUCCUGUCCCUGGCCGAGGUGCAGGAUGGGUUCCGCACCCACGACCUGGCCAUCGCCAGCAGCGAGGAGAGCUCCUGCUGGGUGCCCCUGUACGGCAGCAUGUGCUGUCGCCUGGCUGCCCAGCCCCGCUGCAUGGCCACCCCCGUCAGCACCGGCUUCCUGCGGCUCCAGCAGGGGUCAGAGGCACAGGGUGGGACCCGCCUGUACUGCGUCCUGCGUGGCACCAACCUCCUCUGCUACCGUGGCCUCGACGAGGCCGAAGCUGGGCUGGAGCCGGCCCUCACCAUCGCUAUCAACAAGGAGACCCGAAUCCGGUCGACGGAGCGGGAGGGGCGCGGGCAGCCCCAUGGCAUGGCCGUCACCAACCGGUACGGCGGUGAGGAGGUGACCCACACGCUGGUGGCCGAGAGCCGGGCUGAGGCACAGCGCUGGAUGGAGGCCUUCUGGCAGCACUUCUAUGACAUGAGCCAGUGGAAGCAGUGCUGUGAGGAGCUGAUGCGUAUCGAGGUGCCGCCGCCACGCCGCCCCCCUGCCAUGCUGCCACGCCAGGGCUCUCUCUACCACGAGAUGGCCCUGCCGGGCCCGGCCGUGCCCCCCCCGGCCUGCGAGGGGCUCCUGCUGCAGGAUAACGCUGUCUCGGCCGAGAUCCGGGCGCUGCUUUCCACCUAUUACAGCGACAGGUGA